AUUGAACUUUGUCAACUUUAGUAAGUGAAUUAAUGGAAGAGAAGGAAGCAGGGGAAGGGAAGGAGGUGGCGAUGGCGGAAAGCGGCAGCUCUGACGUCAACCCUCGUCUUCCUUACAAGCUCGUGCUCUCCUGCCCGUCUGGUCUCCUUCCUUCUCAGGUGUCAGUGAUUUUUAAUAAAUCGUUUGAUCGGAUCCCACAUCCAGAUGUCCACCUUGAGAAUUCUGUUGCUGAGAUAUGGGAUCAAAGAGCUCGACAAAAUUCAUCAUUGUAUAACGGGAAGAAGUUCAGAUAUGGUGGACAUGUCUUUCAUACUAAUGAUGCUGAUCAUGAGAACAAUUGUCACAUGUACUUGAACCUUGGUUUGACAGAUUACAGGACUUUCAUGGGAACAAACUUAAAUCCAUUUUGGGAAAAGUUUCUAGUUCAAUCAGAAGAUGAAACUCUACGAUGUCAACACACUUCAAAUCCUCUAGGAAAUGGUGGAAUUGUAGAGACUUCUGAUGGAAAGAUUCUUGUGCUGAAACGAAGUAACAAUGUGGGUGAAUUCCCAGGUCAUUUUGUUUUCCCUGGUGGUCACCCGGAGCCCGAGGAGGUUGGAAUUAUGUCUGAUCACAAUUUGGACUCUGAAUCUUUAAGGAAAAGAGUUUCUUUGGAGAUGUUUGAUAGUAUUAUUCGUGAAGUAGUUGAAGAAACAGGGGUACCAACCAUAUCCUUGUCCAAACCUGUUUUUAUUGGAAUUUCAAGAAGGGAACUAAAUGUGCGACCUACUGCUUUCUUCUUUAUGAAGUGCUCACUUCAGGCAAAAGAAAUUGAGAAGUUGUAUGGUUCAGCACAAGAUGGCUUUGAGUCCACUCAACUCUGCGCAGUUUCUAAGGAUGAAUUGGAAAAUGUGGCGUGGAAGAUGCCUGGCUGCCACCACGGAGGAUUUGCUCUCUACAGAGAAAUGGAAGAUGCAAAACAGAAGUGAUACAAUCUAUUUGACUUUACUACAUGGAUUGUAUCAUUAGCAAAGUAGUGUAUUGAGAUUUGAUGACAUAUCAUGUAAACUUUACUGCUUUAUCGCUACCAAAUCCAUAUGCAACCAUGUAUUUGGCUCUAAUCUUCAUGGGGAUUAUUACUUUAUUAGGAAAUAGAUUGUUAAUUUUGGAAAAUUGCCAAUUUUCAUUGCACUCGUUGCAUAGAAUAAUAACUGCUUAAUGUUAAUAUAUUUUUUUACAGUUGUCCCAUUC